GUUUUUACUGUUUCAAGUGUAGGUAGAGAGUGCACAAAGCGCAGCAAAAAUAUGUUUGCGAAUCGAAGCUUAUUUCUGUUCUAUUCCGAAAAUAAAUAUAUAUAUGUAUGAAUUAAAAUUCUUUUUUCUCUAAAAAAUUUGCUUUCGUUCUAGCAGACGCAAAUUGUUUCGAAUAAAAAUUGAUUGUUUGAACGCUUGUCUCUUAUCUCUUGAUUCGAAUUAACGUCAAACUCGAUACGAGCAAUUUUGACAAGAUGAAUUUAGGAAGAGUAGCUAACAUUAAUAUCUUUCGUAAAGUUCGACAGCUCGAGACAUUGGUAAAACCUAGUGGGUUACUCCAGGUAUGCAGAUGCAAUCCAGUGCACUUCCCCAAAUCCACUUCAAGUCUUGCAAAUCUGAACCGUGGCAUAACGCCUAUAGCAAAUAAAUAUCCAACAUGCCGUAUCUUGUCCAAGUUGCCUGUGCAAUCAACAGUCAGCGUGACUCAAACUCGUGCAGCAAGCGCCCAUGGUGACCAUGUACGCUUGUGGUUGAUAGAAAGGAUGGUGUCUGCAUCCUUCUUGUCGCUAAUACCUGCUGCUCUGCUCUUUGAAAGUAAAUUUAUCGAUGUAUUAUUAGCAGCUGCUGUCGUCAUGCACACACAUUGGGGAUUGGAGGCUAUCAUACUCGAUUAUGCACGGCCCAUUGUAGUAGGCACAUUAGUUCCAAAAGUGUCGUUCCUCCUGUUAAAUCUACUCUCCGCUGCAACUCUCGCUGGUCUGCUUCUGCUAAUUUACAACGGUCCUGGUCUCACAAAGAUCAUUAAAAGUGGCUGGGCAAUAGGUAAAGACAGAGAAAGACAGAAAUCCAAUUAGAUGUUAUCACUAAAAUACAGAAAUAAUUGUUUGCGUUAGUAUAUGAAGAACUUUUUAAGGGAUGGUAGCUUGUAAAUUAUUCGGGAAUAAAUUAUUUACUGUGACAAUA